GGGACACACCGCGGCGGCGAGCGCGAACGGCGGCAAUAGCGGUACAGGAUAAUCGGGCUCUAUAGCGCCCCAGGUACCGCGCCCCUCGUACCGCGCCCGAGCUCUGUGUUACCGGUACCCCCGGUACCGCGCCCGGGCUCCGCGUUACCGGUACCCCCGGUACCGCGCCCGGACCCCGCCUUAUCGGUACCCCCGGUACCGCGCCCCGGCUCCCGCUUUGCCCCGCCCCUCUCCUCCAGAUCGCGCGUCUAUUGGCUGCUCGCCGCCGGGUGGGCGGUGCCUCUCGCUCCCCAUUGGCUACUCGUGGCGGCCGGGCAGCUCCCAUUGGCUGCGGGGGGGGGGCGGGCCGAAGAUUCCAGAAGCGGCGGCAGCGGCAGCGGGGCGGCCGCACCAUGAAGGCCGCGGUGGUGCCCGGGGCCGAACCGGGCUCCGGUUCCGUGUUGUUGUCGGUGAGCAGCAGCCUCAACGCCCGCCGCGCCCCGAAGCGCUACAGCACCGGCCUCACGGUCGCCGAGCUCAAGUGCAAGCUGGAGCUGGUGGUGGGCAGCCCGGCCUCCUGCAUGGAGCUGGAGCUCUACAGCGCCGAGGACGAGCUCCUGGGGCGCCUGGACUGCGAUGAGGCGCUGCUGGGCUCCUACCCGGUGUGUGACGGCUGCAGAGUGCAUGUGAUCGACCGCAGCGGCGCCCGCAUUGGGGAGUACGAGGACGUGUCCCAGGUGGAGAAGUACGAGAUGCCCGAGAGCGACUACGACAAGAGACCAGAGUCCCUCCGCAGCUUCCUGCGGCAGCGCCAAUGGGGCCGCUACGACGCGGAGGCCGCGCAGCGCCGGGCGCAGGAGCAGCGGCAGCGGCGGGACCAGGAGGCGGCGCUGGCGGCCGCGCUGCCGCUCGGCUCCCGCUGCCUGGUCCGGGUGCCGGGACAGCCCUGCCGGAGGGGCACCAUCAUGUACGUGGGCCAAACCGACUUCAAGCCGGGCUACUGGGUGGGUGUGCGCUAUGACGAGCCCCUGGGCAAGCACGACGGCAGCAUGGGCAGCCGGCGGUACUUCGAGUGUCAGCCCAAGUACGGCGCCUUCGUCAAGCCCCAGAGCGUCACCCCCGGGGACUUCCCGGAGGAGGAUUAUGGCCUCGAGGAUGAGCUGUGAGGGGGACCCGGGGGGAGCCCCUGAACCGCCCCCCCGGCACCCCCAAAACCACGUUUCCCGCCACCCCCCCCCGCUUUUGGCGGGGUUUUCCCCCGCUGGCCACGCCCCCUCUCCCUGGGAAGGGGCGUGGCCUGCUUUGGCGCGCCUCUGCGGGCGGGGGUGUGGCUUCCUGCUGGGCACGCCCCUCUCUGGCUGCCGAGGGGCGUGGCGUACGCUGCGACAGCCAAUCAGCGGGCGCGCUGAGGAAGAGGAGGCGGGGCCAAGGAGAGGCGCGGGAAGGGUGAGUGGCGGCGGGGCGGUGCCGGGCCCGGUAACGGUCGGCGUUGGCUCUUCCCACAGCCCCCCCCUCCCUCCCCCCGGCAGGUACCGGGCCCAUAAAGUGGCGUUUUAAGGUGAAAA